AUGCUUCCCGCCCAGGGGAGGUAUUCUUCAAUAAUUCAUGGGCGCAAACUGGACGUUUCAUACAUUUUGCCCAAUCUGGCGGCCUGUUCCGGUCCUUCUGAUGCUGUUGCCCAGGUUUGCAAGAACAAUAUUUCCGACCUGGUAGAGGCGUUAAACAGGAACCAUGGUAAGGGUAACUGGCUCUUGGUGAAUCUUCGUGGAGAAAAGAUCGGAUAUGAUCCUGCUACUGUUACGGAGCACGGUGGUCGGUAUUUACAUAGACCAUUAGUGGAUCAUAAUGCCAUGCCUUUUCUGGAUCUGCUCAACGUGGUGGCCGAUGUGGAGAAAUACUUGAUGGAAUCGCCUGUUCAUGUGGUUGUUAUACAUUGCAAGUACGGAAAGGGACGAACAGGAAGCGUGGUAGUGGCAUAUUUGAUGUUCAAGUUUCAUAUGUCCUUUGAUGAAGCAAAUAAGGUGUUUAGAGAAAGAAGAGGGCUUUUUAGGGCAGAGGUCACAAUUUGGUCUCAGAUCCGAUAUUUGGACUACUUUGGUUAUUUUCUGCAUGACAAACGAAGACAGCAGUUUUACCGGGUCCUGAUGAAAAGCGAGUUUUCAGCAAAGGACUUUACAGUCAAAAUAAUGGGCCCCAGCAGAGCCCUGUUUGAUAACGAAAAAGGGAUGACAGUUACCGUUAAUAACAACAAAAUUGCAUUGAAAGAGUCCAACUUUUCCCAGAUUGUUUAUGAAUGCCCGGAAGUGCACACUCCAGAUAUCGUUGUUGAGUUCAACUUCGUGCUCAGCUCGAUCAUGACGGGCAUGGGUCGGUUUUGGAUUAACGGCAUUUUAGAGUACAUGCAGCAGUACAUUGCCACGAAAAAGAGUUACAACUACUUUGAGCGGCCAAGUUCGCGAGCAAAGAAAGAACCAUUGCAGGUGGCGAGGUGCACUCUUGAGAUCCCUUGGCAAGAGCUGGAUGGAUUUAAAGGAACCAAGAGUAAAGGUGUGAAGUUACUGGAAACGGUGGCUGUCGAGUUUACGACGCAAUUCAAAAGCUCCGAGGAUCUGCUAACGAUCCAACGACAGCUGUCUCUUGCGGGAAUGCUGGGCAUGAAAACAUAA